AUGAUCAAACUGAUCAGUGUUGCUAUUGUUGCAGGAUUGUUUUUUGGAUGCUGGACAGACUGGUUUGACAGAGAUGACCCCUCUGGAAAUGGAGACUGGGAAGACCUCUCCAAUCUUCGCAAAGAGAACCCAGGAAAGAUCUGCUCUAACCCACUAACUAUUGAGGCCAGAACUCUAUUAGGGUUCAGUGCAGCUGCAGUUGGGGAUGUGAUUUAUAAGAUUGACACAACUUCAGGAUUCAUCUGCAGGAACCAGGACCAAUGCAUGAAGAAUAGGUGUAAAGAUUAUGAAGUUCGUUUCAGUUGUCCUGCCUCUUUCUGUGGAUGCUGGACAGCCUGGUUUGACAGAGACGAUCCCUCUGGAGCUGGAGACUGGGAAGACCUCUCCAGUCUUCGCAACGAGAACCCGGGAAAGAUUUGCUCUCAACCGCUUGGUAUCGAAGCCAGAACUCUAUCUGGUGUCAUUGCAGCUGCAACAGGGGAUGUCAUUCAUAAGAGUGACACAACUUCAGGAUUCGUAUGCAGAAACAAGGACCAAUAUAAGAACAAGUUGUGCAAUGAUUAUCGAGUUCGUUUCAGCUGCCCUUCCUCUUUCUGUGAUCCAGGAUGCUGGACAGCCUGGUUUGACAGAGACGAUCCCUCUGGAGAGCUGGAGACUGGGAAGACCUCUCCAGUCUUCGCAACGAGAACCCGGAAAGAUUUGCUCUCAGCCGCUUGGUAUCGAAGCCAGAACUCUAUCUGGUGUCAUUGCAGCUGCAACAGGGGAUUUGUCAUUCAUAAGUAA